UGACCCCGCAGCGAUGGCGGACGACGAGGAGGAGCCGCUGCUGCCGCCGGCGGAGCCCCCCCCGGACCCCCCAAGUGCCCCAUGGAGGAAUGGAGCCGCCUUCUGGCUCCUGGGGCUCUGUAACAACCUCCCCUAUGUGCUGAUGCUGAGCGCGGCGCGGGACAUCGUGGAGCUCCAGCAGGGGGCGCCGGUGCCCCAUAGCAACAGCUCCCGCUAUGACUGCAACCAGCUCUCGACAGGGGCCGUGCUCCUCGCCGACGUCCUCCCCUCGCUGCUCAUGAAGCUCCUGGCGCCGCUCGCACCCCAUUGGCUGAGCUAUGACCGUCUCAUUGGCCAGCGCCGCCUCGGGGCUGGGGGAGGUGACGCUGCUGACGCUGGCGGCCGCCUACCCCACGGGAGGUCUCUGGGGCUGGGCCUCGGGCACGGGCGCCGCCGGGCUCUGGGGGGCGCUGUGGGGGGGGGCGGGGCUGGGGGCGGGGCUUGGCCUCUCCCGCGCCCUCCUCCCCGCGGCCGCGCUGCCAAUGGGAACCGCGCUCAGGGGGCCCUGCCGGACGCGAUCCCAUUGGCUGUCGUUUACUUCGCCGAGUACUUCAUUAACCAGGGGGUGCUGGACCUCUUGUACUUCCCCACAUCCUCCCUGACCCACAACGACCAGUACCGGUGCCUCGUGCUGAACGCCGCGCUCCUAUUGGCUGCCGUCCUGGUGCCGUUCCUGCCCGCGGUGGGCGUGGCCUUCGCCCUCGUGCUGUGGGAGGGGCUUGUGGGGGGCGCGGCCUAUGGGGGAGCCUUCCUGCUGGUGGGGCAGAGG